UUAUAUUCCUCGUUUGACAAUUGACUCACUGAAUCUCUCAUACACACACACACACAAAUUCGAAUGGAAGUCUUGAACUCGACCCCUAUAUCCGCGUCGCAGGCUGGUCGCCAGCUCGCAACGUUCCUGCGCCAUGCGAACGCACUGAACGUGCCAGCAACCACCGCCAGCCAACUGGGCGUGCUCGAGCAAGGCAUCCGAAGUCACCAGCAGCGUGUUUCAGGCGCGUCUGCGGACGACAGCGUCAGCAGUGACAAUGGCACAGCCAAGACCCCUUCCAAGCACAGCAGCAGCAGCAGCAAGAGCGCGGAUGUGAUGGAGAUGGACACGGAACAGUCUGCUCCUGCUGCUUCUACGCCAAAGUCAUCGAAAAAGAGCAAAUCGCGGGCUUGAUGGGUGAUUCACAGAGAUUUGUUUUUGUUGGUAGUACAAAUGAUUUAUGGUUGUUGUUCAAGCAGCGCUCUCAGUUCCGUGCAAA